AUGUCGUCGAUCGUCAACAAAAUCAAGGAGAAGACCACGGGCAAGACGGAGUCCGAGCCCAAGCAGCAGCAGCCCACGAGCGAGGGCGAGCAGACGUUCUCCAUCCAGCCCCACCCCGCUCAGACGAACGACCCGCGCGACCUCGAGGCGCCCCAGCCCGGAGGCGGGCUGAGCAGCAACCCCGAGUACGGGGCGUUCAAGGCGCGCGAGCCGCACGUCCCGUCCCCGCAGAUCGCGAACAAUCUCCCUCCCGCGGCGAGCCGCGAGGAGAUGCGCGCCCGGGCCGCGGAACUCAACCGCGAGUGA